AUGGAUCACCAGGCUCUUUGCAGCAAAUUUAUUAUCAAUGGCAACUGUAAUGGGCUAGGAUGUACUUCUGCAGUCAUCAUUAAUCCCAAUUUUGGUCACUUCGCACUGUACCAGGCACUUGCAUAUCUGACAUCGCUAUUUGAGCCUGUUGGAGAUUUCCCUGCCCCGGUCUCGAUUGAACCGUACCUGGACCUGUCACCUAGCGCUUAG